AGCUGCGCUGGGCUCAGCCUGCCUGACGGCCCGCGGCGUCCCUUUCAGGAUUUGCCACCCGCCUCUUGACUCCCCCCGUGCGCGCCAGUGGGCCCCAGAGAUCCGACGUGUGCUGACGGCUUCGGCAGGGGGCGCCCCCCCCCAGGCGGCGGCGGCGCUGGACGUGGACGUGCAGCUCGUGCAGGUGGAUCUCGGGCCGCAGAAGGCGGAAGAGCUCGCGGGGGGGUGGUUGGCGGCCGCCCAGGACGCGGAAGGCGGCAUGUGCGCCGCUGUCCCCGUGGGCACGGGCUAUUGCGACGCCCAGUCGAUGACGUAUGCGAGAGGCGGGAGCUGCACUGGCAGCUACUGCGCGGGGCUGGCGACGAUCGAGCAGUGCUGUGACGUGGUGGCGGCCAUGCCAGAAUGCGCGGGCGCGGAGCACGUGGGGUUCAUCCCGGCGAGUGGCCCGGAAGGC